GCCGUCCCCGUAGAUCGACGUCCCAUUACGUAUUGGCCUAACCCCGAUCAUUGGCAAAUCUACUACAAAUACCGGUACAUGCAGUAGUAGAAAGCUAAGCGUCCUCGUGUGGCGUUACCCGGGCGAAUAUGUAGCUAAGUGCCCUCAAAGACAAGUACAACCUCCAUUUGAAGUGUGCAGUGCAGUGCAGGCCUCAGCUGACGCAUUUCUCGGUACAUACACGUACCUGCUGUACAGCUUUGUGCCAGUUGACCGGGAAAAACACUGGCUCACUGGACCCGUCGCUAUGGCGACAGGACCAGGUCAAGAUGGCCGAAAGCCAGCUGCGCAGAGCAUGAGGGAUGUGGAGAGGCUUAUCUACAGAAACAAGAGGUUUUGGGAAGGCAAUCUAUGCGUUACAACGGACAUGAUCGAUGAUUUCCAGAGAAUAGACCUAUUCCCCAGCGACAAGCUCGCUGAGCUUCAGGCUUUGCAGCACCAGCAUGCGGCCGACCCAUUGCCAUGCCAGCCCGUGAAUAAGCUACUGGUAAAAAUGGUGUUGCAACUCUAUCAAGACCAGCCCGUUACCGUAUUCCUCGCGUGCAUCCGACGCCAUCAGAAAGAGUUGUAUGUGGCCGUUCAUGGAGGACAGGACGUGGGAAUGGAAGGUACGCUAUCAAUCAGUGCCGGUAGCAGUACUAGUGGACCAGUGCCAAGACAAGCUCACGGACAGCAGGAGUGCCGCAUUGAUCGCAGUUUGUAUCCUGAGGAGGUUGUCCACUUUGAAGACAGCGAGGUCUACCGGGAACGACAAGCGGCUAUGGAGGCUGAAUCUGACGAGGACAUGGAUGUUGAUGGUGGUAGCCAGAGUAUUGGAGCGGAAGGUGGCUCGUUCCCUGCAGACGACGAGAGUUUGAACGUCAUCAUACCGCCAGGUGCCCUGGAUCACCCCACAGAGGUGUUUGCAUGCGCGGCAGACAUGCAGAAGACGGUAGACACGGAGCAUGGGCCAGUCUACAUUGGCAGGGUGCUGUUUUUCGGCGAGCACGGUACAACGUUCAGAAGGCCAGCCACUGUCACGGUAACGGAUCAUAACACCAUGCCGGGUAACAAGGUGUACAUAUUUGGUAGUGACACAGCUAUCGACGAGCUGCCACACUUCACAGAUGUAACCGAGACCUGCAGGCCAAGGCUUGACACGGAACAACACACCAUCACGUUCCAGAUUGAUCACUUCAGCUUCUACGUUUAUGCCAUCGUGGCUGUUUCGGUACCGAUUGCGACCAUUGCAUACCUACUACAGAACUGCGAGGUGCGUGUUUACGUUUACGCCAAGCAUCCCAUCGAAUCCGACUCAUUCAAGCUGCAGGUGAUCGUAGAACGGCCCGGACCCAGCCCAACACCGCCAAAGCAGGGAUACUAUGAAGUGGGAGAUGACCAUGAUAAAGUGUUGAUGGCGUGCUUUGACAACUCGAUCGACAUUAUGCUGGAGUCAACCGCGGCGGGAGGUAGUGCAAUUGCAGGCAGCGGUCACAUCCAACCGUGGAAACUGGAGAAGGGGUCAGAGAGACGGCUGGAACAGGGAAUGGAAUGCCCGGAUAGUCUGAGUCCGGUGUUGGUGCGCAACGAGGAGAGUGACAUGCAGCCGUAUCCGUUCUCGGCGGCGUUUGUGUGCGAGACAUGCCGCGUUGGCACCAAGUUCCUCGUGAAUUUUAGAAUUGACAAAGCAAAGGUGGAUGAACAGCACUCGAAAUCUUCACCUGUAGCGCCGGCGCCACGGAAACCUCCGCCACCAUGUCCGCACCAUACGAGUGGCACGCCAGUCCCACCGAUACGCAUGAUGAGCAUCCGGAAACGGGCUCUGGAGUUGAUAAAGGACUACCUAGCACGCGACACUGGCCCGGGAGAUAUCGGUGUUAUGCUGGAGCAGAUUGCCGAUUGCCGUGUUUUGUCACCCGGAUGUAACGAUUAUCGGUGCGUAGUGGAGCUGAAUGACAGAAAUCUUCACCAGGAGGCCAUGAGACAUCUAGUGGCUGUUGUGGUGAGGCGGCAGAAUGCCGCAUUUGACUGCUUUGUGCACGCUGUGUGGCAAUUCCGGCAUCAUUUGGCCGAUCAACUCCUGGACUCUGCGCAAGAAGAUCGCCGCCAGUAUGCUAAGCCGAAGUAAUGCAGUGCUGCCAUUGCAUGUUGGUAUGUGUGCACAUACAUGUACACAUGCAUACACCCACACGCACACAAACCAUGGUUUGCUGGACAUGCAGCAUGUACGUGUCGGGAAAGACCUGAAGCAACUUGAGACGGCACGGGCCAUGCGAAUAUCUUCUGGGGAAAGGUCUUCAUCAACAAGGUGUGAGAAGAUCACUGCUCCUGUGGAUCACGGUACAUGUGAGAAAGCACUUGAACUAUCUCAUAACACCAUCGCUGUGCAUGGCAGCCCGGCAGCCUUGGAUGAGUACGGUGCAAGCACAGCAAAGCAUGGUCUUGAGCAGAGAGUAGUAAAAUACCUACUCCCUGGUCUUGAGAUUGCCGCAGGCCGGUACUCUACAGUCCUAGCGGAGACCAGGGAGUAGUAAAAUACUGGUAUUUUACUACUCCCUAGCAGAGACCAUAGAGCGGCGGCCAUGUGUGUUGCGCUUCUGCGGAAGUAGCGGCUUGAUCUGUGAAGGCAUUAUCUUAAACUAUUUCUCUAACUUUACGUCCCCUCCCCUGCAUGAAGCUGCUGAUGUACCUGAUGAGUUUUGCGUACAAUACCGACUGGUUCGGUGGAUAAUACAUGCAACAAUUUAUCGGUACCUUUUUAGAUUCAGAUACUGGUAAUUAUCAAGACUGACUGUAUCUCUAAGAACUUGUGUGCAUACUUAAAUUUUGUAUUUA